GUUCCUUGACGCUGUGCGCAGAGCGAGCGCGAGAAUGGAAGGCGAACCUCAUCUUAAAUAAGUUGUUUACGUUCGUUAUUAUUGUAAUGUCUAACCUGUGAAUGAUACAUGAGGUAAUCUGAAACCGUUGCGAUCGAUUCCACCAACACGUCUCUCCUCCUUAGACUGUGCUCUAAGCGUCAUAGAGGAGGCGUGGCUUUGGAGACACCUCAGAAGCGAGGGCGGGCUCUAUGCUUUCAAAGCUAGCUUGCUAACUGCUAGCCUCUCUGGAUUACACACCCUAGCUUUAAGUGAAAUAAAUCACACAUGUUGUAAGCAAACGAAACAGUAGGUGGCGGUAGAGUCUCUAAAGAAGAAGAAGAAAAAGAAGGAAAAAAAGUGGAGCAUUGUGAAUUUAAGUGUUUUUUUUUACUUUAUUGUGUUGUGGGAAAUCAAACUAAGAGCUGAUGGAAGUGAAAGAGGAACAUCAAGAACUGAAUGAAGUGGAGGAGAAACGUCAGUAUCAGAAACAUCAUAAUUUCACAACUGGAAUAAAAUCCUUGAGUGGCUCGAAGACUAAGAAUUUAUCACCAAAAUAUCCUCAAAGAAGAGCAUCCAAGAAAUCUCUUACCUGUUCUCAGUGUGGAAAAAGUUUCACUUCUAAAAGCAAUCUUAAUAAACACAUGAGAAUUCACACUGGAGAAAAGCCUUUCUCAUGCCUUCAGUGUGGAAAAGGUUUUAUUCAAAAAGAACAGCUUAAUGUACACAUGAGAAUUCACACUGGAGAGAAGCCUUUCUCAUGCCAUCAGUGUGGAAAAGGCUUUAUUCAAAAAGAUAGCCUUAAUAUACACAUGAGAGCUCACACUGGAGAGAGGCCUUUCUCAUGCUGUCAGUGUGGAAAAGGUUUUAAUCAAAAAGAUAGCCUUAAUAAGCACAUGAGAGCUCACACUGGAGAGAAGCCUUACACGUGCCAUCAGUGUGGAGGAAGUUUUGCAUAUGCAACUAGUCUCAAGAAUCAUCUCCGCUGUCACUCUGGAGAAAGACCAUUUGAAUGUGAUGAAUGUGGUAAAACAUUUGUUUUAAAUUCAGGCUUAAAACAACAUCUGAAAACUCACACAAAUGAGAAGCCUUACAAGUGUUCUUUUUGUAGAAAGAGUUUUGCACGCCUGUCCUAUUUUAAAGAACACCAGAAAAUACAUACCGGUGUGGGUGCUCAUAUGUGUUUUGAAUGUGGAAAGACCUUUAUUACAGCUGGCAUAUUGAAACAUCACCAAAUAAUUCAUACUGGAGAAAAACCUUACAAGUGCUCACACUGUGGAAAGAGUUUCACUCUGUCAGGAAACCUGAAAACACACGAGAGAAUUCAUACUGGAGAGAAACCUCACAAGUGCUCCCACUGUGGAAAGACUUUCACCCGGUCAGAAAACCUGAAAAAACACAAGAGAAUUCAUAAUGGAGAGACACCAUACCACUGCUCUUUAUGUGGGAGGAGUUUCAAACAUUCAAGUCAUCUACAGAGACAUGUAAAAAAGAAUUGCCCGAGUUAUCAUAGUGAGCAAAAUUCAUCUUCAGGUCCAACAACAUCAAAUUAAUAGUUUGAAAUUCAGAAAACCCUAAAGACUGAUUUUCUCCCAAGAGAGCAGCAUCAUCUAAGAAAGUAACAUAAGACAUUUAAAGUCUUUGUGUUGAUACAGAAUUUUGUCAGAAUGCUUUUCUGUUAUGUGUGGGCUAAAUUUUCGUUUUUUAGAAACUAAGGAUGUUACAGUCAAUCGGCCACUUAACAGUAUUGGCCCUCUAAUCACUUCCUAUGACUCGAUCGGUGGUCUCAUAAUUUGGCCAAUCACAAAGGCAGCAAAAGACCCAAGGAUCCUUUAAGACAUCAGUAUCACUGUCAUGUAAUCACAGGUGUGUGGAUCAUUGGCCAAAUGUUGUAACACAAAAAACUUGAUUCGCCAGUAAAGAAUGAUUCAGUGUGAGAGGAAUGGCAAAUAUGAAAAUCUUGUGUGAAUCCUGUUUCACACGGGACACUUUCCCUUGUCAUGCUACAUUUCUGUAAGCCACCACCAGUUCAGCUGCAGAUGUUGAGGUCUCCUUAUUGCACCUCAAAAAAAAGAAAAAGUUGUCACUUGGAGCAAAGCUCCAAAUCAUGUGACUGAUUCAAAGUGGGCCACACCCUCUGAAUGUAUGAAGAGAAGCAAUGAACAGACAGCAUGCAAAUAUCAUGUAAUUUACAAGAAUUGUAUGAUGAUCCCUAAAUGAAAACAUGAUCCGGAGGCUGCUAAACAAAAAACAAAUCAAGCACGCAAACAUUGACUCACGAUGCAG